AAAAUUUUAUUGCAUUUUGCCCAGAACCAACCAUCUUAUUGCUGUCGGGAAAAGUAGAAGUUAUCUCAUCUCAUACGCUAUUUUGUUGUAACGUUCAUCAUUUAAAUCAUGAAAGAUAUUCAAUCAACCUAUCCAAAGAAGAGACGCGAGUAUACUCGUAUCAAACAUGUCUAAUACACGCUUUCACAUUCAAUGCCAAAUCGUAAAACCACCAAGUUGAAAGGGUGGUUCGGUAAAUUCAUUCAGUGCAUUUGCCGAGGGAAUGACGGUUUUAACUGCUAUCACGUGCUGGUCAACCCGGAGCACAGAUAUUCUGAGAGUAGGCCCCACUAAUUUACUAUCCCUCGUAGUAGGCCCCACACUCAACUCUCCCUGUACGCUGUAUUCACAAUGCGCGUGAAAUCCAUUUUCCAAACCGUAAGCGCGUGGAAACGAAACCUCUCCCCCACCACCACCAUCACCACUAUCCACUAACUUCAUCUCCUUGCUUCGCCUACAAAUACCUCUCGCCCCCUUUCCCUCCUGAAACUGGGUCCCAUUCGAUUUUCUUAAAAACUCAUUAAUAUUGAAACUUAACGAAACAGCAACCUCCACCGCUAUUAAAAAUUAAAAAUCCACUUCCUCUAUAAUCUCUAUACUCGUGAGAGAUUACUAAAGAGAGACAUGGAGCCUACUAGCUGCUUAGUCGACGACGACGCUGAGUUCCGGCUUCCCCCGGAGUUUCUCACUGACGAUGACUUUCUCCUGGAAAAGGAAAACAAGCUUUUCAAGGGUGAUGAGUCCAACUUGUUCCCUUACGAGCUGAGUAAUGGAUACGGGCUGGACUCCGGUUUAGAUAGAACCGAUUACUUGACCGGGUUUACCAGAAAAACAGUUCGGUCAACCCAGGAAGAUGAUUUUUUCGGUAGCCACGCUAACGACACCAAGGUGUGGGGUGCGACUCGUUCGACUCUGUGUGGGGCCGGAAUUGGUUAUCAGAAUUGUCAGACGAGAGUUUCUUCUCAGGCGGCGGCAUGGGAUAUGUACUGCGCAGCAGUGGAGGAACUGGCGAUGAUUAAUAUCAACGGUUACAACAACCGUAGUGGCAGAGGAGUUCUCGAUCUUCCAAGAAAACAUCCCCUCGCGCCCGCAGCUAAAAUACCUAAGGACGGAUCAGGCUACUACAGUCGCCAAUCUCUCCAAUACCAGAAGCUACAAGCUAUCCAAUUUCAGCAGCUAAAGCAGCAACAGCUGAUGCAGCAGCAGCAGCAGCGCAGAGGAUUAAAGGCUAAUAACAACAAAAUUGCUGGUCAUGUGGAUUUGUCUCCAUCUGCAUGGCCUAAUCAGCCACAGAGGCGUGAUGGUUCGGCCAUGCGCGCUGUUUUCCUCGGAGACCGAACCGGGAAACCUAGAUCAACCGGGACUGGCGUCUUCUUGCCCCGUCGUGUUAACCAUACUGACGCCGAAUUUCGCGAGAAGCCAACUCUUUCGACUGUCUUGGUUCCGGCUAGAGUGGCGGAGGUUCUUAACCUAGACGAAUCUCUGGUCCAGCAGCCAGUGAUCCGGUCUUCGGCUAGUCUCUAUGAGUCAUCGUGGAGACAGAAGAGCAACAAUGGUGGAUUCUCGAGCCAGAUGAAGAUGGGACAGGGAAUGAAUGAGACUACGUUACCUUCCGACUGGGCUUACUGACCGACUUGGGUUCACGUGAAACUUUUGGGUCUGUUUAGGAAAGGUUUGAAGAAAGUAAAAGGAGGAAUUAGAUUUAAGAUUUGAUGACAUAGGGUAGUGAAAUAGUAGCAAGAUAGUUGAAGAUUUAACCGACGAAUAAAAAUAAAGGAAGGGAGAAAGAUGAAGAAGAUCUUGUGGACAGAGACGAGGUUUUGGAUCGUUUUAGCCACCAUUCUUAAAUCUUAACUAAUAGAGCAAGAAAAGAAAAGAAAAGACCGAGACUUCUUUGUUUCCUUUGGCUUUUUGUUGUUUGUUUUUCGGUUGUUCCUGGACAUUUAGCAUCCCACUUUCUCUCUCUAUCGUUUGCUCCCACAACUCUUUAAGCAAUGGAGAGGUAUUAAUUAGUAAAAUAAUUUUGUUUGCCAAUGGAGGCGUCAUCUCUAAA